AUGGCCAACCUCGAGCAUACCUUCAUUGCCAUCAAGCCAGAUGGCAUGCAGCGCGGCCUGGUGGGCGAGAUCAUCAAGCGCUUCGAGCACAAGGGGUUCCACCUGGUGGCGAUGAAGUUCCUUCGGGCUUCUGAGGAACACCUGAAGCAGCACUACAUUGACCUGAAAGACCGUCCUUUCUUCCCAGGGCUGGUGAAGUACAUGAACUCCGGGCCCGUGGUGGCCAUGGUCUGGGAGGGGCUCAAUGUGGUGAAGACAGGCCGAAUGAUGCUGGGAGAGACCAAUCCAGCUGACUCUAAGCCAGGCACCAUUCGAGGGGAUUUUUGCAUUCAAGUUGGCAGGAACAUCAUUCAUGGCAGUGAUUCAGUCCAAAGUGCAGAGAAGGAGAUCAGUCUAUGGUUUAAGCCUGAAGAACUGGUUGACUAA